GUUGGGGUGGGGGUGGGGGUGGAGGGAAAGAGAGGAGAUAAGUGUUGGCCAAAACUCCGAGGCCCAGAGUGUGUGAGUGACAGAGCCCUACCCGAGAAUUCAGGAAACAGAAGUCAGGUGACAAUACACAAAAAGAGGGAAAUUUUUAUUGAUGGGCGGAAAUCCGAAAUCCUUUGGUUUUGUUUCGUUGGUCAAGUCUCAUGCGCAUGAAAUUUCUAUCUGGUUUUCUCUUUUCCUUUAAUGAAAUUCCUAAAUAUGCUUGGAUCAGCUUGCUUUUUUUCCCUUUAAUCUUCAAGCUGACAUCGUUUGGUGAUGGACUUGCUUACCAUUCCAAAGGAGAUUCUUUUUCACAUCCUGGGCUUUCUGGAUCAUCAUGAUAUCUUGACCGUCUUGUCACUCUCGUCGUCAUUGACCCAUUUGUACAACGAUGAGGACUUUUGGCACGCAUUGGUCUUGACCCACAACAUCACUUAUCGUAUAGACAAUACCACUUGGCGGGACUUGUACACAUCAAAUGAAACUCUGAAAAUGUGUCCGCACCUGCAACUCUCACAUCGUGACAACCUGCAAAGGCAGCCAAAGCGGCAAUGGGACGAGGACACUGAUCGUUUGCUGUGCCUAGAGCCAUCCUGCUGCUCAGAACUUGGAAACGCCGCUGAAAGCUCGUACUACAGUAACCGAAAUCACGACGCAUUGCACCAUCGAAUUGCACUAAAAUUAGAUCAAUGCCAGUUUUUGACCGUGUGGUGCUCAGCUUGUCAAACCUGUCUUGGCAAAACCAAGACCGAGCAAUAUCUCGUUCAUCAAAUCAUCCAGUCACUGCCAUUUCUGGACGAUCCGACAUUUGUACGACGGAGGAAGGAGUUUGAAAUUCGGUUGUUGAUGGCGAAUGGCACUUACAUCAUCGACAGAGCAUGGUUUCUUGCAUGGACUGCAUACUUGAGAGACGCCAACAACGAAUAUCCCGGAGUGCUGGACAAUUCCAAGUUGUAUCGAGAAGAUGGAAGAUUGAGAUCGGAUAUCAAAUUGGGAGAACACUUUGAGCUGAUUGGACAACAAGCAUUAUCUUACAUCAUUCGCGUUUAUAGACUGGUGGGAAAUGACCCCGUGUCAUCACUGGAAUUACAACAUCAAGCAGAAUACUGCCAAGUCUAUCAUUCUCUCCUAUUACGCCAACAAAUGCUGUAUCAUCGACGUUAUCGAGGACACCCGAUUCUUGUUCUUUCUGAAUAAGAAAAAGUCGUAUCUCGUCCAUGGAUUGUUCCUUCAGUUUUGCCCAUCCAUUGUCAUGCAUUUUAGAGGACGAAGAAUAUUGAAUAGAAGCUGCGGCAAAUACGCGGCCAUUUUGAAAGUAUCGUUCGAUAGUUCAAAUACCUUAAAAAAUAUAGAAGUCAUUUUCGGCACAAUAUUUCAUUUCACCACAUCCCAAAAGAAAG